AUGUUGACAUGCAUUUUAUCUCAACAACAACAAUCAUCAUCAUCAUCAAAUCAAUUAUUUCAUAUUGUAACAGCAUUAAAACCAUUUCAUUCUCAAAUAUGUCAAUUUAAAUUUGAAAAUUGUAUACAAGAUUCAUCCUAUGCUGAUCAAUUAGAUACAGAUUGUAAUAUAUAUUCACGUUUACGUGAUUGUUUUCGUUUAUUACUUGAUGAAUCUCAAUGUUUAUCAUCUCAACUUAAACAUCAAUAUAAAAAAGCUAAACAAAAUGAAUAUGAAGCAUGUGGUGUCAUUUCAUCUUAUGAAUCUAUACGUUCAUCAUUUCUUGUUCACAAGUUACGUGUACGAGAAAAACCAUCUGAUGACUCAACAACUAGUGAGACAAAAGGAUAUGAAUGUCUUUGUAUUGGUAGUCAAAAUCUUGGAACACGUAAACCAAUAAUAAAAAUAAAAGUAGUGAGAAUAUCUCUUCAUCGUAUAUUUACAUUAAGUGAUAAUUUUCUUCAAAUACUUGAUAGUGAUAAUUUACAACCUAUUCCUAAUAUAAAAUUAAAAUAUGUUUUAACAUUUGAUGUAUCAAGUACUUCUGAUCAACAUCAAGGAGGACAUGUUGAUAUAUGUGUAUCAACAAAACGAAAUAAAAUACAAAUCUAUCGAUUAGAUAAAGUAAAUAUUAAUUUAAUACAUGAAAUAUCCGUUCAAGAUUCACUCAUAUCAAUUGCAAUGGAUGAGCAUGGUAUUAUAGGAUGUUCUGAAACAGAAUAUUUUUCAUAUGAUCCACCAAAUAGUAAUGAUCGUCGAUCAAUAGGAUCUUUUACAAGUAUAUUUAAAUUAGAUGAUCCUAAUAUAACAACUUGUUUUACUAAUAUUUCUCCGGGACAAUAUUUACUUAAUGGUCCUAAUGUUGGUGUUACAACAUCUCUACAAGGCAUGAGUCAACGUGCUCCAAUUAUGUUUGUUAAUCCACCGAUGAAUUUUGUUUAUUCACAUCCUUAUUUAAUUGUUCUUGUCAGAGAUUAUAUACAUAUAUAUAGUUAUUUAGAUGAUCAACUUAAACAAGAAAUACCUUUAAAAUAUUGUCGAACAUUAUUAACAAUGCAACAAGAAAAUAUUAAAAAUAUCAUUGUUACGAAUAAAGAUAAUAUAUAUUUACUUGUACCACUUAGUCUUGAAGAACAAAUUGAUCAAUUAUUGAAUAGUUAUCGAUUACAAGAAGCAUUAACAUUAGCAGAAAGUAGUUGUUCAUCAAUUAAACAACGUAGUACAAAUCGACUUGUUUUAUCAACAAAAAAACGUAUUGCAUUUAUUGAAUUUAGUGCAAUGAAUGUUAUUCGUGCAUUAAGUUUAUUUGAUGAUAUUAAUUUAGAUUUUCAUGAAAUUAUGACACAAAUACCAAAUUUUUCACCAUUAACUUCUCCAUGGUCGAAUAUAGAUGAAAAUACUAAAAAUCAAUAUAGUCAAUGGUUGAACGCAUUUUGCGAUUAUAUGACAAAAAAAUCAGCAGAAUUUUCUCGUCAACCAGUAAGAAAGAAAAAUCGUUUAAAAAUAGGCAAAUCAAACAUCACUUUUUAA